AUGGGAAACAGGAAUCAGACGCAGGUGGUGGAAUUUGUCUUCCUCGGUUUCUCUGGCAUUCUGUAUGGUCACACGUAUCUUGCCUUUGCAUUCUUGGCCAUCUACUUGGCCACUGUACUGGGGAACCUCAUGAUAUUUAGUAUGAUUCAACUGAAAUCCAGCCUCCAUACCCCCAUGUAUUAUUUCCUCAGCCACCUCUCCUGCUUAGAUAUUUGCCUUUCCUCAGUCAUUGUCCCUAAGAUCGUGGUGAACUUCUUGCAGCAGCGACAGGCUAUCUCCUACAACCAGUGCAUGGCCCAGAUGUUCUUCCUGAUCUCCUUCUCAGGGGUGGAGGCUGCACUGCUGGGUGUCAUGGCCUACGACCGCUAUGCCGCCAUCUGUAAACCUCUGCAUUACUCCCACCUCAUAAACACCAAGGUGUGCACCGUACUGGCCUUUGCCACUUGGGUCUGGGGUUUCUUAAACUCUGCUCUACACACGGCACUCAGCACCAGGUUGGACUUUUGUGGAGUCAACCAGAUUGAUCACAUCUUCUGUGAUCUCCCUCCACUGAUGAAAAUGGCUUGCAAUGAUGUACACAUCAAUGAACUGACACUCCAUAUAUUGGGGAUUUUUGUGGGUGGAGGGCCCUUCCUGUCCAUCAUUUUCUCAUACAUCUUCAUUCUGUCCUCCAUCUUGAAUAUUCGUUCCACUACUGGCAAGCGCAAAGCCUUUUCCACUUGUGCGUCUCACCUCACGGUUGUCUUCAUUUACUAUGGAAAUGGGACCUUGAACUAUCAGAGGCCAAGCGCUGGUUACUCUUUGGCGACUGGCACUUUGCUCUCCAUCAUGUUCUGCGUCAUCACCCCAAUGCUGAACCCCAUCAUCUACAGCCUCCGCAACAAGGAGGUGAAAGAGGCCCUGAAGAAGGCCACGGAAAUCUGGAGGCCAUCUGGACACCAUCGCUCUCUAUGUUAG